CUUCCUUGUUGACCACGUUGAAUUUGUUUUUACUCCUUUCGGCAUGUUCAGCAUCUAUGCUGGGUGGAGUGAUUGUAGUAGAACUUCAGAACUUCGGUUUAAACUUAUAACGUUGCAUUAGAUAUAUGUAAACAGCAUAGACGGCAAAAAUGAAAGUAGUCGCGUUGAUCAGUGGUGGCAAAGACAGCUGUUACAACAUGAUGCAGUGUGUUGCUGCUGGGCAUAGGAUCGUGGCUCUUGCCAACCUACGGCCCAAAGAGAAUACAGACGAAUUGGACAGUUACAUGUACCAGACUGUGGGCCAUCAGGCCAUCGAUGUGUAUGCAGAGGCGAUGGAUCUCCCCCUGUACCGGCGCACGAUCGAGGGCUCGAGCCUGAACACUGGGAUGGAGUACACUCAGAGAGAGGGGGAUGAGGUGGAGGAUCUGUACCACCUUCUGAAGCUGGUGCAGGAAAAAGAAGGAGUUGAAGCCGUGUCCGUUGGAGCCAUUCUGUCAGACUACCAAAGAGUCCGGGUGGAAAAUGUGUGUACCAGGCUCCGGCUGCAGCCCCUCGCCUACCUGUGGCGCCGCGACCAAGAGGCCCUCCUGGGGGAGAUGGUGUCGCGUGACGUCCACGCCCUCAUCAUCAAAGUGGCGGCUUUCGGUCUGGAUCCUGAGAAACAUUUAGGGAGGACUCUGGGGGAAAUGGAGCCCUAUCUCAAACAGCUCUCGAAGAAGUACGGAGUCCAUGUUUGUGGUGAAGGAGGAGAAUAUGAAACGUUUACAUUGGACUGUCCUCUGUUUAAGAAGAAAAUUGUAAUAGACUCCAUGGAAACCGUGAUCCAUUCCGCAGACGCUUUUGCUCCGGUCGGGUACCUGCGGUUCUCGAAGAUGCAUCUGGAAGAGAAAACGAGCAGCUCUGCUUCGCCCCUCGAUAGCUGUCCUUGCCUGAAAUCCAUUGACGAGAUGACUGAAGAGCGAGUAUAUGCUGAUGAGCACGGCUCCCAGGGAGAAGCCGCAUCGCUUCCUGACCUUCCGUGUCACAGCGACUGUGAGCUUCUUACCUCGUGUUCAGCCAGAACAGCCCUGGGGUAUCAGUGGCUCUGUGGCAUCUCUGGGCCUCAGUGUGACCAACCAGACAUCCAGAACCAAACGAGGCAAGCGUUUGCACUGCUGCAAGAUGAAGUGCAGAAGAGGGGUUUGGGGUUGAAGCACAUCGUCCUGGUUCACCUGUAUGUGCAGAGCAUGGAGAGCUUCAGCUCAGUGAACGCGGUGUACCAGUCCUACUUUGGGUUGAAUCCCCCCGCCAGAGUGUGUGUGGAGGCACCCCUACCCAAGGGACAGCUGCUUCAGAUGGACUGUCUCCUCCACGACUGGAUCGGAACCGCACCCGAUGACACCUCCCGCCACAAGCAGGCCAUGCACGUGCAGAGCCUGUCCCACUGGGCCCCAGCCAACAUCGGCCCCUACAGCCAGGCCUUCAAGGUGGACGAGGUGGUGUUCUGCGCAGGACAGAUCGCCCUGGUCCCCUGCACGAUGGAGCUGCUUCAGGGCGGGGCCGGAAGGCAGGCCUCCCUCUCAUUCGCCCACACCGAGAGGGUCCUGGCAGCCAUGGGCGGCGGCCUGACCCUGGGGCACGCCCUGCAGCCGCACUGCUACGUCACCCACGGCGACGACGUCCCUGCCGUCCGGCGAGCCUGGGAGAGAAAGCUGGAGGAACUGCGCGCCGGGGAGGAAUCGUGCGGUGAAGAAGCGCCUCAGUGUGGCCCUCUAGUGGUGGUCGUGGUACCGCGCCUGCCCAGGGGGGCGGCGGUGGAGCUGCACGUCGUCGGCUCCCAGGACGAGCCGAGGCGGAGGUCGUCCUCCCGCGUCGCCACGCAGACGCCGUGCGGCACCAUCGAGUGCCAGACGCUCCAGUCCAGCACCCGCCAGAGCGCCACCGUGUCCCUCUCCCUGACCCUGCUCCGCCCGCCCUCUGGGACCGACGGGGAGGAGGGGCUGCUCCGGGCGCUGCGCGACGCGUUUCGGGACGCUGUGCGCGAACUCGGCCGCAGCCCCCCCCCGCUGUGCGUCAGAACCUUCUACAAGCACGACAGCGCCCUGGCCCAAAAGCUCGCAGCAGGGCUAGCACGGUGUCUGAAGGACACUCCUGAAGAAGAGACAGGCCCUGCUGUGGCACUGGUUCCGGUUCUGGAUCUCCCCGACUCACGGAUCCUACAUCUGUCCUGCUGGCUCAGUGCGUGAGGGGAAAACCCCGCUCACAGGUCACAAGCACACCGACAGCGAAGGGCUGUAAGCAUUUGGAAAGCAGACCUGGGGUCAGAUAGUAUUUCCUUUGGAUUUAAAUACUUCUCUGUGCUCUAUUGAUCUUGAAUUUGAGGCUACUUGGAGCAGCAGAUGGGUGGGAUCAUUUCAUUUGCUCCAAUAAACCAGGCAAGCUUUGUCAAAUGCAGAAAAGUAUUUGAAUCCGAAACUAAUACUUUUUCAACCCAGGUCUGUUGGAAAGUGACCAUUUUGACGGGCCGUAAUUCCGACAAUAUGGAUGCAAGUACCCUCAAAUGAGUCAAACGCAGAACUGUCAGCUUUAAUGUGAGUAUAUUUACAUCCAUAUUGAGUGAACCAUGUAGGAAUUACAGCCCUUUAAAAUUUGUGCCACUGUCCAAAUACUUACAGACCUCACUGAAUGUGUAUAUGACUGGGAUCCAUGCCGGCAGCCCACACAGGGAGUAACGUUUUGGAGUGAACUGUUCGAGCAUGUCUGUGUCUGUGUACGUGACAUGUCUACACGCCUGCUCGCGGGUGUGGCCCGGCACACGUGCGCACACACACACGCAUGUGCUAGCCGUGUAAUCCGCGGCGUGCUGACUCAGCGGCAGCUGCUGUGGAACAGAGAGAGGGUCUGCUGUACAGUACUGCUGGAGACGCAGAGGGGGACCUGCCUCUUCCCAACAACCCAGCGCUGGUGCGUUUCACAUCCAGGGAGACCGCCCUGGACCCCGGCUCCCCAAUAAAGCUCUCCUCCACCACCA